AUGCAAGUCCCUGAAAGUUUACGAAGAAAGAUAAGACAAAUACGUGAAGAAUUAAUGGUACUUGCUGGAGAUGCGCAGCUUAUCGUUGAUAGUACGGGUGCGUAUGCGAUACUUGGAGACAACGUAACGAAUUUGAUGGAAUCCGUUAGUGACAAUACGUUGUUCCCCUAUGUUAUGGACGUAAUGACCGCUCCAGAAGAAGGAUACGAUUCAACGAAGGAUAUGUCUGAUUCUGAUAUAACAGGUCUAUUAUCUAUCGCAAUAAACCCCACUAAUUUAAACAGACAACGGGUAAAUGCUUACAGACGUCUCGGGGAUUAUAUCUAUGCUGCCCAGAUGGAACGAACCACUACAUCGAUAGAACAGGAAUUUCGAACGUAUUCACAUCAGAAUGGUUCACGAAUACGAACGAUAGCCUUGAGGACAAAAGGAUUAGCACAAGGAGCCAAAAUACUCUAG